CAUACAGGUCUCAGAGUUUGCAAGGUUAGUAAAAUGGAACAAGACUAUGAAAAUUCCACCAUCGGAAUCGGCAUUCAUUCUUCAAACAACAAGCACUCCCAUUUUCAAGGUAAACCCACAGUUCAGUGCGAGAGAGAAGUCGCCUCCUCUAAAUGGAUUAAAGUUCCUCUAAUAAUUUUCGGUGUGUCACUGACUUUUGCUCUCGGAGGCGUCUGCGGUUUCCUUUAUGCUGGUAAAUCCACUCAGAAUGACCAGCACAAUGUUUCAAAACUGAUGCCAGGUCAGAUGAACAAGUCUUGUGUAUCAGACUCUGAGAAAGAGAUUUUAGCCAAGUACCACAGAGUUAAAGAAUGUCUCUCCUCUUGCACUGAAUUCAAUGCUCCGUGCAAACUCUGCAAGGAGGGCUGGACAGCGUAUAGUGGAAAGUGCUACUUCUUCUCCGAUGAAAAGCAGACAUGGUUUGAGAGUCGUGAUUCGUGUGCAGCAUUACAAGCUCAUCAGGUCAUAAUAGACAGUAAAGCAGUACAGGAUUUUCUGGUCUCUAAAAUUCAAGAGACUCACUGGAUUGGUCUGAAUGAUCAAGACACAGAGGGACAGUGGAUUUGGGCGAAUAACCAAACUCUCAAAGAAACAGGAGUAGAGUUCUGGUUCAGGCGUUCGUCUGGGUCAAGUGAACCGGAUAACUGGAGAGAACAUAAUCCUUUAGGAGAGAACUGUGCUUGUUUGGGAGAUUACAUUUUAGACUUUUGGUUUGAUGCCUCUUGCGAAUACAUGAGAAAGUACAUCUGUGAACAGAAAUAUUCAUUUUAAUGUUCAACUAAAAGAGGAUCACUGAUAUUACACACAGUUAUAAAAGUUAUCAGCUGUCUGAUUAAAGUUGUUUUCAUAUGAUCUUUCAUUGAGAAUUUUCUCUAGAUAAAAUAACGUUCAUACCGCUGGGUCACACCCCUUGUUAGCCCUUGACUGUGUAUUUGUUUCACCUGCUUCCUAUUUACUUUCAUGUAUUUAUAGCAAAUACAUUCCUGUAAUAAA